AUGGAGAGGGAGAGAGAGAGAGAGAGAGAUAGAGAUAGAGCUGAAAGUUACAAAAGAAAGGAAGUAAUUAAAGAAACGUACAUCGAUGAAUCAAAGGGACGUGGGGGGGGCACAACCACGACCAGGCACGAGGAAAGGGAAACCUCAGGAUAUGGAGGAGGAAGUAGCAGGGGAGGAGCAUCAAGUUACGGUGGUGGCACUUCUGGAUACACAAGCGGAGGUGCUGGAGGAGGAACCAGCUCAACGUAUCGAGAACGAGUCGUGACAUCGAGUUCAAGUUCAGAGCGGCCCAUCUACAGACCGAUUGUGACCCCUCGCAGUCUGGUCAUUCAGAGAUCAGCAGUUGCGCCCUACACUUUCAGAACUGGUGGCGUAGGGGGAAGAAGUUUUUCUGUAGAAAGAUCCUUUCAGUAUGGAGCUGGCUCCAGAGGAGGGUUCACCCCUGAAGCAUACGGAGCAAUGACGCACAGCAACGUUAGCUCUAUGAUGGAGUCAAGAGAGAAAGAAAAACGUGACAUGCAGGACCUCAAUGAAAGAUUCGCCAGCUACAUCGAGAAGGUUAGAUUUUUAGAGGCUCAAAAUCGAAAGUUAGCAGAUGAACUCGAGAAGCUGAGGGCGAGUUGGGGUAAGGAAACCUCAGCUGUGAAGGCCAUGUACCAAACUGAACUGGAGGAAUCGAAGAAGUUGUUGGAUGAUAGUGAACGAGACAAGGCAAAGUUGGAAAUACGUGUUGCUUCGUUGGAGGAACAACUCGAUGAAACUAGACAAAGAGAGAUGGACGCCAGACGAGACGCUGAUGACUGGCGGGAGAGAGCAGAGAAGCAGAACCAGCAGCUGUCUGAUCAGGAGGCAGAGAUCAGCAUGUUGCGUCGCCGAGUGAAUGCUUUCGAAACUGACAAGGACAAAGAGAAGAAGCAGAUUGCUUACUUGACUGACGCGCUCAACAGAGCAAGAUUUGAUCUGGACAACGAAACUCUUCAGCACGUUGACGCGGAGAAUAGAAGGCAGACUCUAGAAGAAGAAUUGGAAUUCUUGAAAGCCAUCCACGAACAAGCAAGCAUCCACAAGCUGGCGGCCCUGGCAUACAGGGACACCACCCCCGAGAACAGAGAAUUCUGGAAGAAUGAAAUGGGACAGGCGCUCAGAGAGAUACAGCAGGUCUAUGACGACAAACUGGAUAACAUUAGGUCGGAGAUGGAAUUCUUCUACAACACUAAGAUCCAGGAGUACACGACGAACAUUCAAAGACAGGGCGGGCCUGGAGCUGACCUGACCAGUCGCAACAAGGAAGAGAGUCGCAAGAUGAGGACCUACAUAAGCGAGCUAAACGAAAAGAUGAGCAGUCUCGAUAGCAAGAACGCUCAGCUGAUAAGGGAGCUGGAAAUAAUGAGGAGAGAUCGUGAUGAAAGAGAAAGAGAGUGGGAGAGAGAGAACGGAGACUUGAAAGUGGAGGUGGCCAAACUGAGGGCGGAACUGGAAGCUAUCCUGAAGGAGCUGCAGAACAUCAUGAACGCCAAGAUGGGAUUGGAGCUGGAGAUUGAAGCAUACAGGAAAUUAUUAGAAACUGAAGAGACUAGGUUAGUACUGAUGAGGAGAGGUGACGUCUACCCGGGAUAUGGAGGUGGUGGUAGCAGCAUAUCUGGUGGUGGUGGUGGUGGUGGCAAGGGAGGAGGUGGAAGUUAUGGUGGUGGUGGAAGUUACGGCGGUGGCGGUAGUUAUGGUGGUGGUGGUAGUUAUGGUGGUGGUGGUAGUAGCAGUGGCGCCCAACACCCUCCUACCGAUAGGACCCCCUCUCGCACCAGCUUCCAACGUUCAUCGAAGGGACCAGUCAGUGUGGCCGAAUGCUCUCCAGACGGAAAGUUCAUUACCCUGGAGAACACUGGACAGAAGGAUGAGUUUAUUGGUGGUUGGAUGCUGAGUAGAGUGGUAGAUGAUCGGGAGAAGGUGGGGACUGUCCUCCCCAGUGACAUCGUACUGAGGAGUGGCGAGAAGAUGAGGGUUUGGGUCAGAGGUACGAAGCCCCUGAAUGCGUCUGCCCUUGACAUUGAGUGCAGCAUUCCUAACUGGGGCGUGGGGGCCAAUGCCGCAACCAAGUUAACCAACGUUGCCGGCGAGGAGAGAGCCACUCACGUCCAGAAGACUACAUACUAA